GACUUCCUUACAAAUAGUUGGAACCCUUUCUUGGCACACCAUUGUACAAGUGUAUUCCACCCCGAAAAUCCCGUUUGCACAUACUUAAAGAAAUUCUGGAUGCUUUUGCCAAAACUAGUACAUAUUAGCACUGUAACAGAAAACUGUACCGCUGAAAAGGAGGAUGGUCCCAGGGACAGUCUGAUAAUUGGGACCACACCCAUGGUAGAUUAAGCAACAGGUGUUGUCUACGGAUGGAUCCUAUCCUGAAGAGCACCAAAUCAAUCCAGUGUUCUCCUGCACCUUCUGGAACUGAACUCACUCUAUCACAAUCUGAUAUUCAUGUACUGGUUGGCGUUACUGGCAGUGUGGCUGCCCUGAAACUGCCACUUCUUGUUUCUGGCCUUCUGCAAAUACCAGGGGUACAGGUGCAAGUUGUGAGUACAGAGAAGGCCAAACACUUCUUCAGCAUGCAGGAUAUAUCUGUGCCUCUGUAUAGUGACCAGGAUGAAUGGAAUAUGUGGACAAAGCGCUCUGAUCCUGUGUUACACAUUGAACUUCGUCGAUGGGCUCACCUGAUGCUUCUGGCUCCUCUUGAUGCUAACACUUUGGGAAAAAUCUCCAGUGGCAUUUGUGACAAUCUUUUGACUUGUGUCGUACGUGCAUGGGAUUUGCAGAAGCCACUUUUGUUUUGUCCAGCAAUGAACACGGCAAUGUGGAGUCAUCCAAUCACAGAGCAGCAAAUAUCACAUCUUCACAGCUUUGGCUACACAGAAAUUCCUUGCAUUGCAAAGAAGCUUGUGUGUGGGGAUGAAGGGCUUGGAGCUAUGGCAGAAGUGAGCACCAUUCUGGAGAAAGUAAAAGAAGUUCUUAAAGAGCAUAAUUUGCUGGUAUGACAGCCAUAAUGAGGUACAAGACACUUAACAGAUGCUACAGAUACAGGGCUCAAGAAAUGCCCUGUUGCUUGUAAGUGAUGUCCUAUCUGCACUUCACUCUAUGAACUCCCAACUUCCAGACAAAAAGACACAGACUAGUGUUAUUGUAUAAUGAUAAAGUUAGAUUGUGGCAUCCACGUCUUAAAACUUGCAGUGUACAUGGAUCACCUUAUAACCUCUACCCUAGUAGUAUAGAUGUUAUAAUAUACAAAAUCAUAUUCAUAUCUCAGAAAAGUUCAUACUAAUGAAUUGGAUGACCCUUUUUAAAACAAUUUACUUGGCAUGCCUUAGUACAGGCUAAGGAAAAACUUUGGGGGUUUUUACUGCCUCUCUGUCCCUAUGGUGGGACAUUGCUACCAGUUUUUGGUACCCAGUUACAUCAGGCCAGGACCAUGACCUCCAAGGAGGGUUAUGGGUGGUGAUGUGGGUCAGCUAGCCAGUUUGGAAAUAGAACCAUCUUAGGCAAGGCUAAAUAUUAGCAUUUUAGUAUGUGGGGGUAAGUAAAUUGUUACACAAUAAUUGUUAAAUCAAUAAUUCAAUUAAACAAAGAGAAAAUAAAAUCUGAAUGGGAUAGUGACCCUUUAAAUAUGAAAA